UACAUUUAAAGUCACAAAGUUCUUGUAAGUCAAUAGAAGGACUCGUUUUAGUAUCUUUUAAAAGUAAAUAUGAAGCUGACAGGUCUCUUUAUGUUGGUCGUGAUGGCGGUGCUCUCGCUUCUCGCGGGCUCGGCGGAAAGCGCGCCAAAAGUUAACGUCAACGCUAUUAAGAAGGGCGGCCAUGUUAUUGGUAAAGGCUUACGGGCGAUAAACAUAGCCAGCACAGCUCAUGACGUUUACAGCGCAUUACGUCCUAAAAGAAAGAAGCAUUAAUAUAAAUCGAUAAGUUUAAUAUUAGAUACCUGCUUAGUUUUCAACUGAUUAUUUUUUGUUUCUUUCCUCCCAACGCAAAUGAUGUUAAGAGGGAUAGAGACAGGAGACUGUUUAUAACAGCAUAGAAUUCGUAUUCGAAGAUAUAGUCCUUAGUCACAUGCAUUUAUAAAUAUGUGCCAUUCAAUGAAUAAUUAUAUUAUAUUAUUUCGCAUUUUGA